GAGCGAUGGCUCGCGGAGCCUGCGCGGUCCCGCGCGCUUCUUCUACGACAAGGGCACGUUCACGGGCACCGCGCGCUUCGUGGGCAGGCCGGGCGCGGGGGAGGCCGCGAGCGACGCCGUCUGCCGCUGGAGGGGCGACCUGCGGGGCUCCUCGAGCACGCCCAACGCCAGAGGCAGCGCGAGAUGUUCCAGCACCG